UUGUAGAAUUUUUUAAAAAUUUCCUAGUUUUUACAAUCUGAUCUUUUUACAACUACUUUUUUAAUCUUAUUCAUCUUUUAUCUUUUUAAUUUGGUAAUAUCUAUCAAUUGACAGACUUAAACUAGAACUAGAAAUAGACUCAGUUUUGUAAAUCAAUUUAAUCGUUUCCAAUUCAUAUAAAAUAAUCAUAGAUUAAAUAAAUCAUAUAUUUUCAUUAUGUCUGCCUUAAGAUCAAUUCAACGUUCUACCAACGUUGCUAAAAGAACUUUAUUACAAUCAAGAACUUAUGCCACUGCUGAACCAACUUUAAAAGCAAGAUUAGAAGAAAUCUUACCUCAAAAAGCUGAAGAAGUUAAACAAUUAAAAAAAGAAUAUGGUAAAACUGUUAUUGGUGAAGUUUUAUUAGAACAAGCCUAUGGUGGUAUGAGAGGUAUCAAAGGUUUAGUUUGGGAAGGUUCUGUUUUAGAUCCAAUUGAAGGGAUCCGUUUCAGAGGUAGAACCAUUCCAGAUAUCCAAAAGGAAUUAACCAAAGCUCCAGGUGGUUCAGAACCAUUACCAGAAGCUUUAUUCUGGUUAUUAUUAACUGGUGAAGUUCCAUCAGAAGCUCAAACUAGAGCUUUAUCUGAAGAAUUUGCUGCUAGAUCUGCUUUACCAAAACAUGUUGAAGAAUUAAUUGACAGAUCUCCAUCUCAUUUACAUCCAAUGGCUCAAUUCUCUAUUGCUGUUACUGCUUUAGAAACUGAAUCUCAAUUCGCUAAAGCUUAUGCUAGUGGUGUUAACAAAUCUGAAUAUUGGAAAUAUACUUAUGAAGAUUCUAUUGAUUUAUUAGCUAAAUUACCAAAUAUUGCUGCUAGAAUUUAUAGAAAUAUUUUCCAUGAUGGUAAAUUACCAGCUGAAAUUGAUCCAAAAUUAGAUUAUGGUGCCAAUUUAGCUAAUUUAUUAGGUUUCGGUGGUAACCCAGAAUUUCUUGAAUUAAUGAGAUUAUACUUAACCAUUCAUUCCGAUCAUGAAGGUGGUAAUGUUUCUGCCCAUACUACUCAUUUAGUUGGUUCAGCUUUAUCAUCCCCAUUCUUAUCUUUAGCUGCUGGUUUAAACGGUUUAGCUGGUCCUUUACAUGGUAGAGCCAAUCAAGAAGUUUUAGAAUGGUUAUUUAAAUUAAGAGAUGAAUUACAUGGUGAUUACUCUAAAGAAAAUAUUGAAAAAUAUUUAUGGGAAACUCUUAACGCUGGUAGAGUUGUUCCUGGUUAUGGUCAUGCUGUCUUAAGAAAGACUGAUCCAAGAUAUACCGCACAAAGAGAAUUUGCUUUAAAACAUAUGCCAGAUUAUGAAUUAUUCAAAUUAGUUUCAAACAUUUAUGAAGUUGCUCCAGGUGUCUUAACCAAACAUGGUAAGACCAAGAACCCAUGGCCAAAUGUUGAUUCUCACUCUGGUGUCUUAUUACAAUACUACGGUUUAACUGAAGAAUCCUUCUAUACUGUUUUAUUCGGUGUUUCCAGAGCUUUUGGUGUCUUACCUCAAUUAAUUCUUGACAGAGCUAUUGGUUUACCAAUUGAAAGACCAAAAUCUUUCUCCACUGAAAAAUACAUUGAAUUAGUUAAAAGUAUUGCUAAGAAUUAGAUAAGUCCUACUUUCUAUUAUCAUGAUUAGCAUUAGAUAUGAUUUUAAUCUUUUCUUUUUAUUUUUAUCUAUCUAUUUAAGUAUAUAAAAAAAAGACCAGACGAAUUUUUCCAAAUCACAUUUUUUUUUAUAUCACACCCACCCUUAUUGCCUAUUAUUGUCAUAUAUAUAUAUAUGUAUUUAUUUAUGUUUAUUUAUUUUAUGUAAAAGAACCA